AUGCCCCCCCCCGCGCCCGGGGCCCGGCUCCGGCUCCUCGCCGCCGCCGCCCUGGCCGGCCUGGCCGUCAUCAGCCGAGGGCUGCUGUCCCAGAGCCUGGAGUUCAGCUCUCCCGCCGACAACUACACGGUGUGCGAAGGCGACAACGCCACCCUCAGCUGCUUCAUCGACGAGCACGUGACGCGCGUGGCCUGGCUGAACCGCUCCAACAUCCUGUACGCGGGCAACGACCGCUGGACCAGCGACCCGCGCGUGCGGCUGCUCAUCAACACGCCCGAGGAGUUCUCCAUCCUCAUCACCCAGGUGGGGCUGGGCGACGAGGGCCUCUACACCUGCUCCUUCCAGACCCGCCACCAGCCCUACACCACUCAGGUCUACCUCAUCGUGCACGUCCCUGCCCGCAUCGUGAACAUCUCCUCGCCCGUGACGGUGAAUGAGGGGGGUAACGUGAACCUGCUCUGCCUGGCUGUGGGGCGGCCGGAGCCCACAGUCACCUGGAGGCAACUUCGAGAUGGCUUCACCUCGGAGGGCGAGAUCCUAGAGAUUUCCGACAUCCAGCGGGGCCAGGCCGGGGAGUAUGAGUGCGUGACUCACAAUGGGGUCAACUCAGCGCCUGACAGCCGCCGCGUGCUGGUCACCGUCAACUAUCCUCCCACCAUCACCGACGUGACCAGCGCCCGCACGGCCCCGGGCCGGGCUGCCCUCCUGCGCUGCGAGGCCAUGGCGGUGCCCCCCGCGGAAUUCCAGUGGUACAAGGACGACAGGCUGCUGAGCAGCGGCGCGGCCGAGGGCCUGAAGGUGCAGACGGAGCGCACCCGCUCGAUGCUCCUCUUCGCCAACGUGAGCGCCCGGCACUACGGCAACUACACGUGUCGCGCCGCCAACCGACUCGGAGCGUCCAGCGCCUCCAUGCGGCUCCUUCGCCCAGGCUCCGUGGAGAACUCAGCCCCGAGGCCCCCCGGACCCCUGACCCUCCUCUCCGCCCUGGGCUGGCUGUGGUGGAGGAUGUAG